CGACGACGAAGAAGAAGAACCAGGAAAAUGAAGAGGACAGCUGCUGACACAUCUUAGGUCCUAUGCUUCCGCUAAGGACCCCAGCAGAAGAAGAGAGUAGUAGUGAAAUUUCCCAGCUCAGACAGGCAGUGUUGGAAAACAAUGCCAGACUCCUUGAUGAGAUGCUCUGCCAAGAAGUCUACAAGAAAGUCAUCAACUGCAGAGGCGGCUGGGGCAUCGCCGGCACGCCUCUACACGCUGCCGUGUCCAAAGGUCAUCUCAGCUGUCUGCAGGUCCUGCUAGGCCACGGUGCUCUGGUAGACUGCGUGGAUGUCAAGGCUCAGACGCCUCUCUUCGCCGCCGUUCGUGGGAAAUACCUGGACUGUGUUUUAGCUCUCCUCGGAGCUGGAGCCAACCCCAACGGGAACUCAUCCAACAACUGCUCCCCCGUCCUCACUGCAGCUCGAGAGGGCGAUGUAGAGAUACUGAAGAAACUGCUUCAACACGGCGCCGAGGUGAACUCCCGCUCCAAGGUCCUGCUGUGGACUUCCAGGGCCAGGGUGUCUAGCGGGCCGCUGUACCUGGCUGCUGUUUACGGACACAUGGAGUGCUUCAAAAUGCUGCUCCUCUACGGGGCAGACCCAGAUUACAACUGCAUGGAUAAAAAGCUGCUGAGUUCCAUCAAGCAGCCCAAAACUGUGCUGGAGAUGUGCCUCAGGCAUGGCUGCGGCGUGGAGUACAUCCAGCUUCUGAUCGACUUCGGUGCAAACGUCUACCUCCCUACUCUGAUCAUCGAGAAGUCCACGAAGCAGAACGAGGCCGUAGAGCUGCUUCUGCACGAGAGAGGAAAUCCAAAGGCCUUGACUUCACAGUGCCGACUCGCUGUCCGAAGUUACCUUAAAAAGAUCAACAAGAUCCACUGUAUCGACCAGCUGGACAUGCCAACGAGUAUCAUUAACUUCUUGCAACACAAGCCAGUCCCAGUCCCUGUCCUGUAGCCAAAUGAGCUGAUGGCACGCUAUGUCAAUUUAUUUUUAUUUAACUCUGUGAACCACCUUUGUUUUAAAUUCUGUCUGUUCAUGCGCUGUUCUGGUAAGACUGAUUCUGAAGUCGAAGCAUUAAAUGUGUGGAUAAGUGGUGUGUA